AUGUGUGCUAACGGUACCGACGCUGUCAACCCUCCCCGCUCCCAGGAGUACCUCAAGCCCGAGGACGCCAUGAAGUUCCUCGACGAGUACAAGCGCGGAGACGGUCUCUCCCUCUCCGAGCUCAUGGACUCGCGCAAGAACGGAGGUCUCACCUACAAUGACUUCCUCAUGCUCCCCGGCCACAUUGACUUCCCCGCUUCCGAGGUCUCGCUCCAGACCAAGGUGACCCGCAACAUCACCCUGAACGCUCCCUUCCUCUCCUCGCCCAUGGACACUGUCACCGAGGACCGCAUGGCCAUUGCCCUCGCGCUGCACGGAGGUCUCGGUAUCAUCCACCACAACUGCUCCGCCGAGGAGCAGGCGGCCAUGGUGCGCAAGGUGAAGAAGUACGAGAACGGCUUCAUCACGGACCCGCACUGCAUCGGCCCUGACGGCACUGUCGGCGACGUGCUCGCCGUCAAGGCCGAGUUUGGCUUCUGCGGUGUCCCCAUCACUGAGGGCGGCAAGGUCGGCGGCAAGCUGCUCGGUAUCGUCACUGGUCGCGACGUUCAGUUCCAGGACGAGAACAAGCCCCUGAAGGAGGUCAUGACGACCGAUGUCGUCACUGGUGCCGCGGGCAUCACGCUCGAGGAGGCGAACGCCAUCAUCCGUGACUCGAAGAAGGGCAAGCUUCCCAUUGUCGACAAGGAGGGCCGUCUCGUCUCGCUCGUUGCUCGCUCCGACCUGCUCAAGAACCAGAACUACCCCCUCGCCUCCAAGCUCCCCUCUAGCAAGCAGCUGUACUGCGGCGCGGCGAUCGGCACGCGCCCCGGCGACCGCGACCGCCUCAAGCUCCUCGUCGAGGCUGGCCUCGACGUUGUCGUCCUCGACUCGUCGCAGGGCAACUCGGUGUACCAGAUCGAGUUCAUCAAGUGGAUCAAGCAGACGUUCCCCAAGCUCGAGGUCAUUGCGGGCAACGUCGUGACGCGCGAGCAGGCCGCGCAGCUGAUUUCCGUCGGCGCCGACGCCCUUCGCAUCGGUAUGGGCUCGGGCUCGAUCUGUAUCACGCAGGAGGUCAUGGCCGUCGGCCGGCCGCAGGGCACGGCCGUGCACGCCGUGUCCGAGUUUGCCUCGCGCUUCGGCGUGCCCACGAUCGCCGACGGCGGUAUCGGCAACAUCGGGCACAUUGCCAAGGCGCUCUCGCUCGGCGCGUCCGCCGUCAUGAUGGGCGGCAUGCUGGCCGGCACGACCGAGUCGCCGGGCGAGUACUUCUACCACGAGGGCAAGCGUGUCAAGAUCUACCGCGGCAUGGGCUCGAUCGAGGCGAUGGAGCACACGCAGAAGCCUGGCGCCAAGCCCAACAGCGCGGCCAACAACGCCGCUACCGCCCGAUACUUCUCCGAGGCCGAUACCGUCAAGGUCGCCCAGGGCGUCAGCGGCGAUGUCCAGGACAAGGGCUCGGUCAACAAGUUCGUCCCUUACCUUUACACUGGCCUCCAGCACUCGCUCCAGGACUCGGGCGUCCGCUCCCUCACUGCCCUCCAGCAGGGUGCGCGCGACGGCUCCGUCCGCUUCGAGCUGCGCACGGCCUCGGCCCAGCUCGAGGGCGGCGUCCACGGCCUCAACUCUUACACCAAGCGUCUCUUCGCCUAA